GCUCCGCGCAGCCAUGUUUGCUACGUAUCCAGUGAAUACUAUAUCUUCUUAGGGCAGCGGGUGAGGUGUAGCACGAUAGCGAGCUCAGGUAACCAGCAAACCGGGAGAGGCGCCGAGGGAGUUGGCCUAACGCAAAGGACUUUAGUGCUGUGAGGGUGUGAUGGCGACUUUCCAGGAGUUCAUCCAACAGAAUGAGGACCGCGAUGGCGUGCGCUUCAGCUGGAACGUGUGGCCCUCGAGCCGCCUGGAGGCCACGCGUAUGGUGGUCCCCGUGGCGGCUCUCUUCACCCCCCUGAAGGAGCGCCCAGACCUGCCCCCUAUCCAGUAUGAACCUGUCCUCUGCAGCCGGGCCACCUGCCGUGCUGUGCUCAACCCUCUGUGCCAAGUGGACUACAGAGCAAAACUCUGGGCUUGUAAUUUCUGUUAUCAGAGAAACCAGUUCCCACCGACGUAUGCAGGGAUAUCCGAGAUGAACCAACCCGCUGAGCUGCUUCCACAGUUCUCUACAAUUGAAUAUGUAGUUCAGAGGGGGCCCCAGAUGCCCCUGAUCUUCCUGUAUGUGGUGGACACCUGCAUGGAGGACGAGGACCUGCAGGCACUGAAGGAGUCCCUGCAGAUGUCCCUGAGCCUGCUGCCGCCCACCGCCCUGGUGGGCCUCAUUACUUUCGGUCGCAUGAUCCAGGUGCACGAGCUGGGCUGCGAGGGAAUCUCCAAGAGCUACGUCUUCCGUGGCACCAAGGACCUGAGUGCUAAGCAGCUGCAGGAGAUGCUGGGAUUGACCAAACCAUCUGCAGCCCAGGCGGGACGGGGGCCACAGGUCCCACAGACCCCCCCUUCCAACAGGUUCCUGCAGCCGGUCCAGAAGAUUGACAUGAACCUGACAGACCUGCUGGGAGAGCUGCAGCGGGACCCAUGGCCUGUCACCCAGGGCAAGAGGCCCCUCCGCUCUCUGGGGGUGGCGCUGUCCAUAGCUGUGGGCCUGCUGGAGUGUACCUUCCCCAACACAGGGGCGCGAAUAAUGACCUUCAUUGGUGGGCCAGCCACCCAGGGCCCCGGGAUGGUGGUGGGGGACGAGCUGAAGACCCCCAUCCGCUCCUGGCAUGACAUCGAGAAGGACAACGCCAAGUUCAUGAAGAAAGCCACUAAACACUAUGAGGCCCUGGCUAACCGUGCCUCCACCAAUGGACACAUCAUUGACAUCUAUGCCUGUGCCCUGGACCAGACGGGCCUGCUGGAGAUGAAGUGCUGCGCCAAUCACACUGGAGGUUACAUGGUCAUGGCGGACUCCUUCAACACUUCCCUGUUCAAGCAGACGUUCCAGAGGGUCUUCACUAAGGACAUGCAGGGGGCAUUCAAGAUGGCCUUCGCUGGAACCCUUGAGAUAAAGACAUCCAGAGAGAUCAAGAUUUCGGGUGCUAUUGGCCCUUGCGUGUCUCUCAAUGCCAAGGGCCCCUGUGUGUCAGAAAAUGAGAUUGGAACUGGAGGCACCUGCCAAUGGAAGAUCUGUGGACUGGACAGUAACUCCACGCUGGCUCUGUACUUUGAGGUGGUCAAUCAGCACAAUGCCCCCAUUCCCCAGGGGGGGCGUGGGGCGGUUCAGUUCGUCACGCAGUACCAGCACUCCAGUGGCCAGAGGCGCAUUCGCGUCACCACCAUCGCCCGCAACUGGGCCGACGCGCAGACACAGAUCCAGAGCAUUGCUGCCUCCUUUGACCAGGAGGCCUCGGCCAUCCUCAUGGCACGGCUGGCAGUGUACCGCGCCGAGACUGAGGAGGGGCCUGACGUCUUGCGCUGGCUUGACCGACAGCUCAUCCGCCUGUGCCAGAAAUUUGGAGAUUACCACAAGGACGAUCCCAAUUCCUUCCGGUUUUCAGAAACAUUCUCCCUCUACCCACAGUUCAUGUUCCACCUGAGAAGGUCACCCUUCCUGCAAGUGUUCAACAACAGCCCAGAUGAGAGCUCCUAUUACAGGCACCAGUUCAUGAGGCAGGACUUGACACAGUCUCUCAUCAUGAUCCAGCCCAUUCUGUACGCCUACUCCUUCAACGGCCCCCCAGAGCCUGUUCUCCUGGACAGCAGCAGCAUCUUACCUGAUCGGAUCCUUCUGAUGGAUACCUUCUUCCAGAUCCUCAUUUAUCAUGGAGAGACGGUGGCACAGUGGCGCAAGGCUGGGUACCAGGACAUGCCAGAAUAUGAGAACUUCCGGCACCUUCUGCAGGCCCCGGUGGAUGACGCCCAGGAGAUCUUGCACAGCCGCUUCCCCAUGCCACGCUACAUUGACACCGAGCAUGGUGGCAGCCAGGCACGUUUCCUGCUAUCGAAAGUCAACCCUUCACAGACUCACAACAACAUGUAUGCAUGGGGCCAGGAGUCGGGGGCACCCAUCCUGACAGACGAUGUGAGUCUGCAGGUGUUCAUGGAUCACCUGAAGAAGCUGGCUGUGUCCAGCGCAGCCUGAAACUGUGUGCCCCACCCCGAACAGUGAUCAUCCAAUCUUGUACCCUCCCACUACCGUCAGCGCCAAGAAGCCAAGAAGUACCAGUCACAGAGUGGGCACCUCAAAACGGGACACUGGGGCUGUCUGCUGUUCCCCUUUUUACCCAUUUAGAUAUAGUGUGGGUGAUGCUUCAGGACUCUGUCAGUGCACCCAGACUGAUCUCCCAGCUUCUCUUGUGCCAGCAGUUGAGAUAAGAAUCAGUGAGUGUAUCUUCCCCAGCAUUAACACUACAACAGCACAUUUCAACAAAACUUAGUCUAUACUUUGGAUGUUGUAUAGUGAUGCCCCUGGCAGAAUUGUGCCUAGCUUUCAAUUGGGCAAGAGUUCUUUUGCGGUACAUAGAUGGAGUUCUAUCCCAGCGACAAUUGAAAGUUGAUUAUUAUACCAAUGUCAUUAAGAGUCUCAGAAUGUUUCAGCACAGCUCCCAGUUUAUAGCAUUGUUUGUCUUUGCAUUGUGCAUUUUGUAGACUCUGGUGUAUGCAGCUUCAUAGUGGUUGUUUUGUCUCUGGUAGGUCCGCUAGGGCACAGAACCAGCCUUACCUAGUGCAGACUCGCAAGGUACAAGCAUUGCCUUUCUCCCUCUGAUACUCUUGUCUUGUCUGUAGCAGUAUUACAUCUGGCAUUUCUAAUAAAAUACCUUCAUAUACCAGCUGCUUUAGUGUCCUGUUGGUGUAUCUACUGGAGUACUGUGUGAGACUCCAGUACAUGCACAGUGAAGAUCAGACUUUUCUGGUCAAAAUCACCAUUCACCACACAGGAAAAU